ACUGUCAAACGGCGAUGACUGUCACUUAUAACAUAGUUAACCAACAAGUUGGAAGCCGCUCGGAAUUACUCUGCAAUUUUAAUUUUAUAGAAAACACCAAACAAAUUUACGAUGGAGUGCUUAAUUGGACUUAAAUUCAACGAUUAUGUGUUAAUUGCGGCUGAUAUGACCAACGCCCACAGCAUAAUGGUCAUGAAAUCAGAUGAGAACAAAUUGUACAAAUUGAGCGAUAAACUUGUGAUGGCGGUUUCUGGCGAAACUGGAGACACCACACAAUUUGCUGAGUACAUCUCCAAAAAUAUUCAGCUGUAUAAAAUGCGCAAUGGAUAUGAGUUGAGCCCCAAGUCUGCAUCAACAUUUACUCGUCGUAAUUUAGCUGAUGCUCUUCGUAGUAGGAGUGCAUACCAUGUCAACCUGAUCAUGGCUGGUUAUGAUAAACAAGAAGGGCCACAAUUAUACUUCAUGGAUUAUUUGGCUGCUCUAAGUGAUGUGGAUUAUGCUGCACAUGGAUAUGGUGGCUUCUUUUCUUUGUCCAUCAUGGAUAGAUAUCACAAAAAGAAUCUAUCUAGGGAAGAUGGUUAUGAGCUCAUGAAGAAGUGUGUAAAGGAGGUGCAUGAAAGGUUGAUUGUGAACCUGCCCAACUUCAAGGUGCAGAUGAUUGACACCAAUGGAAUUCAUGAUUUGCCCAAUAUCACAGCAGCCUCAUUUGCAUAAGCCUAGCAUUAAAUACUACACAAAUAAGUUUUUUUUAUAAGUGGGUGUUUCAUUUAAUAAAUUUAAGCUAAUACAAACGAAAA